AUGAGUUGCUGGCAUUCCUUCACCAGGGCUGAAAAUGCAGCGAUCCCAGCAGAGGAGUUACCCCCUGAAGACCUCAAUGAAGCUGCGCAGCCUGAAGUGGUGACUGAAGACGAUCCCGGUGUGGGCGACAAUCCACCCAUAGAUCAGGGCAGCUUCCCACGUCCUUCCAAGAACUUAGUCGCUGUUUUCAUGGGAGUCUUGAGUGUGGGCAUGGCUGGCAUGGCAGCUACAGCUCACAGCAUGUGUGGUUCCAUCGAUCUCACUAUGCAUGGUGGAGAGGUGGAGAUCAUGAAAAGGCUCGUUCCAUUCGGCGUGUCCCUUGGUUGCUUCGAAGGUGCUUUGGACUCGUGCAUCCUUCAGUUCAACGGCACAGUGAUUGACUCCUCUGGUAAGCAAAGCUACCUUGAAACAUGGCAGAAUCAAGGCUUUCCACCCAUCAACUGUCGAGAUCUUAGUGCUGAGCUUUGGGUUAGCGGCUUCCCACAGAAUUGCGAAGGAGCUUGGUCUGAUUUCGGCCCGUGCUCAACUUCUUGUGGUGGUGGCACCCGUUCCCGCCACUUCCAAAUCAUGCGUCCGGCGCAAAACGGAGGCGCGGCCUGUCAUGAGAUGAACCAGUUGAAGACCGAAAAGUGCAAUGACCAGCCGUGUCCGGUGGAUUGUGUCUUGCUUGACUGGCAGCCAGAUGUGAGUGGCUGCAGCAAACUCUGUGGCAAUGGCACGGUGAAGGAAACCCGUGGAGUCCAACAUGAUGCCAGCCAUGGCGGUGAUUGUCCUGACCCAGCUUCAGACCAGAGGGAACGGUGGGUCCCGUGCAAUGUGGAUCCCUGCCCUGUUGCUUUGGUGGAAGGUUUCCAGAGCACUUUGGUGGCCACAGCGCAAACCGUUCAGAGCAUUCGGGAAGCACUAGCUGCGAGUGGCGCACUAGAGCUGCACAACCAUCUUCAGUUUAAUUGCGGAGGUGGUAUCAGUGAAGAUUUGGCCGAGGCUGCAGCAGCUUGUGUAGAGAAUAAUCGGCUGUUUACAAAAACUAAGGAGAUGUCUCUGGUGCUGGAGCAAGUCCAGGAUGAUUGUGGGAUGAUUUUUCCAUUCUUCAGAGAGCUGGUGAACUCCUUAAAAUUGGAUUUGCCUGCUUUGUUCAAAGAUGCUUGUUCGGGCAGUGCAGAUCAUGAAGAGUUGACUUUUUCAUUCUUGGAUAAGCACAUCAACAGGCUGCUGGAGCAGAUUGAGGUCUGCAGAACUCAUUCCAAGACUUUGAAAGCCAAGAACGAGGAGUUGAUCUCCAGCCGCAUUGGCUACAGCCAAGAUGCUGAACGUUGGAGCGGGAAACUGGUUUCAGAGCUGAAGACUUUGGACCUGGAAGAGCCAAGUUUGAAGAGCGAAUUGCUUUCCCGAGCUGGCGCUGUGGAGGAAACCAAGCAGAUUUUGGAGACCAAGAAGGAAGACUUGAAGAGGAGUGGUCGGCAAUUGGAAGACCUGAAGCAACAGCGGUUGCAUGGGUUGAGCAUCGAUAAAGCAGCGGCUGAUGAUGCUACUUCCAAAGCUGGCGAAGCCCGACAGCAUGCUGAGAACUUGGAGUCUUCGUUGAAGGGCAAGCAGCGGUCGGAGAACCUUGAGAGGCUGCAGGCUGCCAAAAACGAAGCAAAGGACUUGGAGGAUCAGGCGCAGCAGAAGACGGCCGACUACAACGCCAAGAUCAAGGAAUACAACCAGGCAGCCGCAGACCUGGAGUCCACUGUCAAAGCUGGUGAGGAGGCAGUGCGCGAACACAUGCAGAGCAUUGCUGAGAACCAGAAGAUGAGUGACGAGGUUCGGAGUCGUCAAGUGAAAGUUGGCCAGAUUAUCUUGGGCAAGUACUUGGAGAUCCGAAAUCUGAACAGAUUUCAGCAAAUGUCCGAGGUUUCCAGCCAAACUCAAUUGGAUAGCCGCCUGGCAGAUGCUAGGCAGACGCUUCAAGGCUUGACCAUGAAAUUCAAAUUUGUUCGGGACUACCUGGAGUCGCUGAAGAAAGAGGGCCGGAUGAAGACAGGGCCAGGAGCUUGUGACGCGGCGAGAAACGUCGCGCUCAACAUCUUCCACUCGGUGAGGGAGGUGGUCCGAUUGGGCUGA